AUGACGUCUUCUAACCCUUCUAAGCGUCCACGCUUAUCUGAAGUGGCCCAAAGUGACUCUCAUAUAGAAGAUUUACAACUUCAUUCUCAACAAUUUCAACUAAAUAACUUACAAAAUAAUAUUCCAAAACAAUUAUAUCAACACAAUCCGGUUAUUGUUAAUUUCUCCUCUCCUCAACAACAACAAUCCUUCCCAACUUCUUCAGAUAAUAUGGAUCCUUUAUUACAGUCUUCUGACCCUGAUAAUAAACAUGAAGAGUCUUUGAAUAAAGAAGAUUUACAACGACUUGAACAAGUCAUCGAUUUAAUGUUUCCAGAAAAAUCUGCUGCUGCAAAAGAAGCUGCUACAAAACUUUUAAAUUCUUCAACCAUUCAAAGCCAGUCUUCUUCUACAAGAGAUAAUAACACAACAUCUGUUGUUCUUGACUUUCCGAUCCUUUCUGAGCAAGUUACUGAAACAGAACAGAUAAUUUCUCCGUUGGGUUAUCUGCUAAACCAUACCUUUCCUAAUUCUAUUGUUGAAUUAGUUACCAAACUUAACAAGAUGUCUAUAAAUCCUGCAAGUUUGGAUUUUCUAAAUCCAAAUUCUAAUCCUUCAUUCCCUCCUACGAAUAACCCACCUUUUACUGACCCCUCUGCUAAAUCUCCAGGCCCUCCAACAAAUGAACUAUGUAAAAAAUUAAUAAACGAGUAUUUUACCAAAUUUAAUGUUGUCAUUCCUAUCCUUAAUCGUAGAAAAUUCAUGAGUCAUUCUGGUGAUAAAACAAAACAUUCAGAAUUGCUUGUCAACGCAACUUUGGCUGUUGCUGCGGCAAGAUAUUCUGAUGAUCCUUCAAUUCGAAAAACUCCCAAUAAACCAGGCGGUGUGUUUUUCGACUCUGCAAAGAGGUUAUUGGAUAUGGUGUACGAUACACCAAAGUUAGAAACUGUUCAAGCAUUAAUUCUCUUAACACAUGCAGAGGUCAGCGUGUCACGUCUUAAUAGUGCGUCCAUGUUUCUUGGCAUGGCUGUUCAAAUGGCCCAUGCUUUACAUCUUGAACGUGAUGAUACUUCUUUACCUUUAGAAGAAGAUGAAGAGAGACGAAGAGUAUGGGCAUCUUUCUCAUUGGGCAAACCUUCUUGCACUGAAGAUACAAACAUUAAUGUUCCUUUACCUACAAUGAUGUCAUUCAACAUUUUAACAAGGAGCUUUUUCAUAGCAUGGAUAAAGUUAUCACGCAUACUCGGUCAAAUUUGGAAAUUUGGUUAUUCUUCUCAACCAAAAGCAUUUCGUGCAAAUUGGUUGGAUCAUGCAACUGAUCAAAAAAGUGUGUUAAGACAAAUACGUUCGGCAUUAGCAAAAUGGCUAAAAGAAUUACCUGAUGAAUUACAAUACCAAUAUUUACCUAAUAAUGACCAACAAAGUCACAUACAAUUAACUACUUUUUCUGCUUUUGCAGGAUAUAUCAAUAUUCUUUUCCAUACUUGUAUAAUCUUACUUCAUCAACCUUAUUUAUCCCAAGCAUAUCGUGAUCCAAAAAUUGAAACGCGUAAGCAUGGUCCAAAUGGUCCAAUUAAAACAUGUCUUACCGCGGCAUUAACAAUCACCGACAUUGCUAAAACAACUCAGAAAUUUAACAAAGAAGCUUUUUGCACCUUUCAAUAUCCUAUUUAUGGUUUAUUGCAAUCAACUAUACUAGAAUUGGACAUUGCAAAUGGUAAUCGUGGGUAUGAAUCAGGUGCUAGAAGAUCCAUAAAUGAUUCGAUUGAAGAAUUAAGAUUUGCUGCUGAAAAUUCUAAAUUUACUUCUCUUCAAGAAAUGGUUAAAGAAUUGGAAGGUGUAAUGAUGAUAGCUAAUGGAAAAUCUUCUGAUAUCUCUGUAUCAUCAAACUUAUCUGAUGAUGUUUCAAAAAUGGUUGAUCCGCCAAAAGUUGAAUUUACUUCAACUGAGCAAACACCUGAACAACCGGUUGUUAAUAGCUCGCCAACAGUAACAUUAUUACCUGAAACUAAUAGUUCUCCAUCAGCAACUUUACUGAAUGAAAAGUUAACACCUACGUCCUUAUCAUCACCAAUAAACUAUCACCAACAACAUCCUCCCACGAUACAUCAACAACAAACAAAUCCUGAUGUGUAUAUGAUGUCACCUGAUUAUCAAAAUCAACCUUCAUUACAAUUUAAUCAACCUCAAUCUAACAUUGGUCAUCAUAUAUUAUCUAAUUCAACUGCACCAUGGGAUCAACCUCCAUUCUUUAUGGAAAACGAAUUAUAUGGUUUUGUGAACCCUCAUAAUUACAGUUUAAUCGAUGAUUUGACGGGAUUAUAUUCAACAAUUAUGAAAGAUGUUGAUGGAAACAAUUCUGCCACACUGUAA